CCCAAUUCACAAAACACGUGUCUGUGGUUUUUGUCUUCUGUGUAAUUUGAGCUUAACCCAAAGCACGAACAAACUGUUGCAAUUCAUUCUUUCUUACUUUCCCUUUCCUUCGUCUCUCUGUGCUCUGUUGCUUCUUGGCCAGACUAAGUUUUUUUGUGGCAUGUGCUGUAUGUGUAUGUCUAUGACCUUUUUUCAGUUUUUCCUUUGUUUGGUGAACCAUUUCAGCUUGGCAAUGGGACUUUGGUAUUCUACAAUAUACACAGCCAUCAUCCACUAAGCCAAAAGCUCUUGCGAUCCGUUGUGGUUGUUUUUUACUUCUGUUAUGCAGUAGCACUUGAACCAGAAGAUUACAUCUAGAUGGCAGAAAGGUUCAACAUCAAUGCGAUUACUCCAGAAACAGAAGAAUGGACCUGCAAGGUUCAGGUAGUUGAUAAAGGCAGACCUAGAGACAACAGAGAGAAAACGAAAAAGUAUCAACUGAUGAUUUUGCAAGACGAAGAGGAAAAUCAAGUCGUAUGCAUUAUAUUCAAUGCUGAGAUAAUGCAUUUUGAAGAUCUGUUCCGCCCUUUCCAUACUUGGUGUCAGUUGCACAAGUAAAAAAAUCAAACUAUAUGUAUGGAAAUCCACUUAACAAAUUUACAUGGACAAUUGAUAGGUGUACCAUUGUUGAGCCGAUAAAAGCUGUUAAUCCUCUAGAAGAUCCGCUACCGCCGCCAACGCGCGUAAAUCUUACACCAUUUGGCAACUUUGAAUAUCAACCCGAGGGAUCUAAAUUCGAUGUGCUUGCCAUUGUGCUCAACGCCAGCCCCUCAACAUAUGCUUCAAAUUGGAGGAGAAUUCAAGAUUUUAUCAUCAUGGAUGAUCAGAAAAAACCAACAAAACUCACACUUUGGGAAGAUUUUAUUGAUCAUGAUGGGAACAAACUACUCAAACAGCUUAAAGAAUACCCAAUCAUCCUUGCUAGAAAAAUUGGAAGACCAAAGUCGUCGUCAGGUAAAUCAACUCAAAUGCAUGCAGGAUGGACUAACAGAUUCAGUACAGGAUUGGCUAACAGAUUCAGUACAACAAUCGAAAUCAAUCCUCCUUACCCGCAAGCAAAGGCGCUGAGAACAUGGGCCCAAAGAAAUGAGCAGCUACUUAUUGCGUACACAGUAAGGAGCACAAGUCCAACAGGCUCUCUUUUAUUUGUUCUUUUCGAGGAAGAGAUAGUACCAAUUGCAGAAAUCCAACAGCAAGCUCCAGGCCAAAUAUUCUACAUACAAGCUGAAGUUGCAUUAAAAUUUGAGAACCAACGAUUCUGUAUCCUAGCUUGUUCAGACUGCAAACAACACUUCACGCGAGCUAUUUCACGGAGAAAAUUCUACUGCACUAAUUCCCGUCGAUCUACCCAACUGGUUCCCAGGUGCCAAUUUGAAGUGACGCUCACAGACCAGAGCGGUUCUACAACAGCAACUAUUUUCGACGAGCAUGCAGAAAAAAUAUUACUUCUCACGUCGGAAGAGAUUUAUGAUAUCUGUAAUGUCAAGAAAGAAUUGCUGCCUCUUGUGAACGCACAAAAGCUACUGACUGGCAAGAUCUUCAGGAUUCAAAUAAAAAAGCUGUUUACAAAAUACAAUGACGCAAUGCCAGGAAAGUUAGUUAUUCUGUCUUUCAUGGACAAAAGUAAUUUGGUCGUCUCACAAAUGCCAUCCACCAUCAAGGACGUUGCGGAAGCAAGUAAACGAAAAAUUGAACAUGUUGCCACAGAGAAACAAGACCACCCACACACAACCAACAAAGACAAUGCUUCCUACAGCAAAUGUAAGGCGGAAAUGCAAAUUUCCCCUCCAAAAAACUACUGAAAGCACUUUUUCCAGUGAAACAUCUUUUGCUACUAUUUUGGGAUGCAAGUGAAGCCACGUCUUGCUACUGUUUUUGAAUGCGGUUAAUUAAGCUCACUUUUGCAACUACUUUUUGGAUACUCCUCUACUCGGAAUAUGUCGCGCCGAUACGAGAUUCAGCUUGCAUAUUUUCCCCGAUUCUCUUCUUCUUCCUCAAAUUUCUUCUACAUGCAGGCAUAGUCUUUGGGAUAGCUGAAUGGAGUAACGACUUACGGUCCGCUGAGGACGCUUCUCCAGACUACAAUUCGAACGGCGGAGCCGCCCGAUUCUAAGGCUGGGCUGUUCCCGGUUCGCUCGCCGUUACUAGGG